AUGAACACUACUUCAAACAAAACCACCAAUACACAAAACACAAACACUACUACUCCCAACAAAAUCUCCACUAUUUCAAACACAACCACUAAUACACCCAACACAAACACCACUACUCCCAGCACAACCACCACUACUCCCAACACAACCACCACUACUCCCAAUACAACCACCACUCCCGCCACAACUACCAUUUCUCCCACCGCAACUAUCACUUAUACCAACACAAGCACCACUACUCCCAACACAACCACCACUUCUCCCACCACAACCACCACUACUCCAAACACAACCACCACUACUCCCAACACAACAACCACUACUCCCGCUGCAACAACCACUACUCCCAAUACAACCACCACUACUCCCAACACAAACACCAAUACUCCCACCACAACCACCACUACUCCCGCCACAACUACCAGUACUCCCACCGCAAAUAUCACUUCUCCCGACACAACUAACACUACGCCCAACACAACCACCACUACUCCCACCACAACCACCACUACUCCAAACACAACCACACUACUCCCAACCACCACCACUACUCCCAACCCAACCACCACUACUCCCAACACAACCACCACUACUCCCAACACAACUACCACUACUCCCAAAACAACCAUUACUGUUCCCGCCACAACCACCACUACUCCCACCACAGCCACCACUACACCAGCCACUUCUCCCAACACAACCAUCACUACUUCCACCACAACCACCACUACUUCCAACACAACCACCACUACUCCCAAAACAACCACCACUACUCCCGCUACAACAACCACUACUCCCAACACAACCACCACUACUUCCAACACAACCACCACUACUCCCAACACAAGAACCACUACUCCCGCUACAACAACCACUACUCCCACCACUACUCCCAACAAAAUCAUUACUCCCAUUAUCAAUUCUACUCCAAACACAAGUACCACUACUCCCACCACAACUACCACUUCUGCAAAUACAAACACCACUACUCCUAUCACAAACACCACUACUUUCAACACAAAUAAAAAUACUCUCAUCACUACAAACCCUACUCCCAACACAAUCAACACUUCUUCAAAUAAAACCACCAAUACAAAAAACACAAACACCACUACUCCCAACACAAUCACCACUAUUUCAAACACAAUCACCAAUACACAAAACAUAAACACCACUACUCCAAACACAAUCACCACUAUUUCAAACACAGCCACCAAUACACCCAACACAAACGCCACUACUCCCAACAUAACCACCACUUCUCCCACCGCAACUAUCACUACUCCCAACACAACCACCACUACUCCAAACACAACCACCACUACUCCCAACACAACAACCACUACUCCCGCUACAACAACCACUACUCCCAACACAACCACCACUACUCCCAACACAAACACCAAUACUCCCACCACAGCUACCACUACUCCCGGCACAACUAUCCCUAACUCCCACCGCAACUAUUACUACUCCAAACACAACAUCACUAUUUCAAACACAACCACCAAUACACCCAACACAAACGCCACUACUUCAAACAUAACCACCACUUCUCCCAUCGCAACUAUCACUACUCCCAACACAACCACCACUACUUCCGCCACAACUAUCGCUACUCCCACCGCAACUAUCACUACUCCCAACACAAUCAUUACUACUCCCAACACAACCACCACUACUCCCAACGCAACCACCACUACUCCCAACACAACCACCACUACUCCCAACACAACCACCACUACUCACACCACAACCACCACUACUCCAAACACAACAAGCGCUACUCCCAACACAACCACCACUACUCUCGCUACAACAACCACUACUCCCAACACAACCACUACAACUUCCAACACAACCACCACUACUUCUAACACAACAACCAAUGCUUCCGCUACAACAACCUCUACUCCCAACACAACCACCACUACUCCCAACACAAUCACGACUAAUACUCCCCUCACCACAAACACGACCCCCAACACAAUCAACACUACUUCAAACACAACCACCAAUACACAAAACACAAACACUACAACUCCCAACACAAUCACCACUAUUUCAAACACAACCACCAAUACACCCAACACAAACACCACUUCUCCCAACACAACCACCACUACUCCCAACACAACCACCACUACUCCCAAAACAACCACUACUCCCGCCACAACUACCACUUCUCCUACCGCAACUAUCACUUAUCCCAACACAACCACCACUACUGCCAACACAACCACCACUACUCCCACCACAACUACCACUACUUCAAACAAAACCACCCCUUCUCCCAACUCAACAACCACUACUCCCGCUGCAACAACCACUACUCCCAACACAACCACCAAUAUUCCCAACACAAACACCAAAACUCCCACCACAACCACCACUACUCCCGCCACAACUACCACUACUCCCACCGCAAAUAUCACUACUCCCAUUACAACUACUACUACGCCCAACACAACCACCACUACUCCCACCACAACACCACUACUCCAAACACAACCACACUCCUCCCAACACAACCACCACUAUUCCCGCUACAACAACCACUACUCCCAACACAACUACCACUACUCCCAACACAAUCAUUCCUGUUCCCGCCACACCCAGCACUGCUCCCACCACAGCCGCCACUACUCAGCUACAACUACCACUACUCUCACCGCAUCUAUCACUACUCCUUACACAACCAUUACUACUCCCAAUACACCACCACUACUCCCAACACAACCACAACUACUCCCAACACAACCACCACUACUCCCACCACAACCACCACUACUUCCAACACAACCAGCACUACUCCCGACACAACCACCACUACACCCGCUACAACAUCCACUACUCCCAACACAACCACCACUACUUCCAACACAACCACCACUACUCCCAACACAAGAACCACUACUCCCGCUACAACAACCACUACUCCCACCACUACUUCCAACACAAUCAUCACGUCUCCCACCAACUCCAAACAUAAACACCACUAAUCUAAACACAACAAUAACUUCUACCAACACAAACUCCACUUCUCUCAACACAACUACCACUACUCCCUCCACAUCUUCGACUACUCCCAACCCAACUACCACUACUCCAAACACAACUACCAUUACUCCCACCAUGAUCACUAAUACCAAUAUCUCAUUUACUGUCAUCAUCACCACCACUACUUGCAAUACCAUAAUUAUUCACAAUACCACUACUUCUCCCGUCUCCACCACUGAAACAACCAUCACCAACAGUGCCAACAACACCACCAAUAUCACCAACACAACUGCCCUCAACAUAACCAUGGCGACCAUGGUUCUUCCUAUCACUGCGACCAACAGACACUCAUCGGCCAUCUCCACACCGAUCACACCGACGGCAUCCGGUAAUGGAACCAUUUGGACUUCUGUUAAGUUACAUAAAUGA